AUGGGCUCAACGACCGCGAACGACGUGCCCAUCGAGGGCAUGGCCCAGAUGAUCCUGGGCCGAGACGACGAGAGGCUCGCCGAGGCCUUCGUGGAAGGUUUCCACCUUGGCUCCGACAACGGCUACGCGAGGGCCAGGGAGGAGACCUUCCUCGCCGCCGCCGAGGCCAUGGACCACCGCCUCCAGAGCGAGGCACUCCCCGCCGCCGUCGCCGACCGCAUCUGCCUGAUAAGCGAUGUCCUCGUCGAGUCGUCGGACAGCGACGCGUCCUCGAUCCGCUCCGAGGACGUCUUCUAUGACGCCAGGUCCGACAUCUCCGCCUUUUCCGACCGAGCCCCGGAAGAGGAGGACCUCAUUGAUGUGUGGUACGAUGCCCACGCGUACGCCAACUCCCCCUACGCCCACGCCACCGCCGGCCACGACGCCGACAACCACAAGACCCCCGCCGACACCGCCCGCGCCGAUGACCUCCUCGGUGAUAUCCACAGCGUCGCCGCCGACGACGUCCCGGUGCUUUCCCUGGGCCAAGACACCAUCCGCGCCGGUAACAACACCCCGGGCGCCGCCGACUGGACCUCCCCUUCGGCGUCUGCGGACGUCACUCCCGUGGCUAACCUCAUCGAGCUGAACGAUACCACCACCGCCCUGGCCACCGGCCAGUCGACUCCGCGCGCCGUGACCGGCCCUGACUUCUCCGGCCCGGCCCGUCUGCUGUAUCCCCCGCAGCUGAACUAUAUCAACAACCCCCGCGCCUGGACCGAUACCGUUCCCGAGCAGGGCGAGCACUACCACGUCCGCACCCCGUCCAUGUCCACAACCACCAGCAUCCCGACCAACGGCAGUAACGCCACCUUCCGCGGUCCCGGUGGUCCCGGUAACUCCUAUCCCAGCCACGUUCACGACCGCAACCGCGACCGCGGCAUCUUCACCCCCUGGACGCCCUCCACCACCGAGCAUAAACACAACAUAAUCCUCCAAUCCAUCACCAGCUCCAACGUCCCCCCUCCCACCCAAUUCUUCGGCAUCCCGCUCCCCAGCACCAGCGGCAUCGUCCCCCCCGACCCGACCCAGCCGGCCUUUGCGUCUCGUCAGGAUAAGGGGGUUAGACCGGGGUAUCCUUUCCCCGGUGAUAUUUACAGUGACAACAACAUCGUGGGUAAGGAGGGAAAGAGUAAGAAAUUGGUUGCUGAUCCGUGGAGGGUGGUGAUUGGCCCGUUGAGUGAGGUGGCGAUGAUGGAUUGGAGGGGGGAUGGGGGGAAGGGGUUUUGGGGGGAGAAGUUUAGGGCUGCUGCUGCGCUUGCGGCUGGGGUUUCGAGUGGUUCUGGUGGGUUUGGUCAGAGGGGUGGACGGCGUGGUAGGGGUGGUGGUCGUGGUGGGUAUGGCCAUGGUCGUUCUGGAAGUGGUGGUUGGUUGGAUCAGGGUUCGGUUGUUGGUAGCCAGAGUGGUGGGGAGGCUGGCUGGGGUUCACAGGAGAGUGGCACCGGCAAUGCUACUGCUCGGUCUGGACUGGUGUUUUGCCACCUGGUUCCGGUUGAGAAGGAGCACGGCGAUGGUCACAGUGGUGGUCAAGAGACAUGGUACAUCACUGCUACGUUUGAGUCGCAGGCUAAGGCCAGCGCUGCUUUGAAGUUCUUUGAGGGCGGCUAUCCUUGCGGCGGCUCGAUCAUGUGGGCUUGGGCUCUCAUGGAGGAGGACCAGGACUAA